CGUCUUUCUAGUCGCUUUGGUUUUCGCUUCACCACAGUACAAUCAGCCGCUGCCAGAACGACAUUUAAUCAUGGCAGAGCGACCUCCAGAGUUGGCAGGCACCCUGCCUUCAUCCUUUGACAAUGACCAGUACGGUACCGUCCGACACCGCGAGACUAUAGUAGUGAACGAAACUUGCUCACGCGAUUCAAUAGGGAAUUUUACAAUGAAAAGCCGCUGCAAAAGCUAUUCCGCAAGAUCAAGGAGGAGCCCUUGAUUCCUCUAGGCAUGGGCCUCACGACAUUUGCCUUCAUCAGCGCCUACCGAGCCAUUCGACGAGGCGACUCCCACCAAGCCAACCGCAUGUUCCGCGCCCGUGUUGCUGCCCAAGGUUUCACUGUCGUAGCCAUGGUUGCCGGUAGCAUGUACUACAGCAAAGACCGACAAAAGACCAAGGAGCUCCGCAAGCUCAACGACGAGCACGACGCUGAAGUCAAGCGACAAAAGUGGAUUCGCGAGCUCGAGGCACGAGACGAAGAAGACCAGGCCCUUCGCGCCAGACUGCAGAAGCGCAUGGAAGAAAAGGCAAAGGGGGAGCAGGCUGCCGCUACAACAAACGGUGGUAUUCUCGGCCGAAUGGGGCUCUGGUCCCAGGAGGACAAGUCCGCAGCGGCAGAGAAGAAGUCGGCUGAACCUGUCGAGGAGGAGAAGAAGGCCAAGAAGAACCCCAAGAGCUCUCUGGGGGCUAUCGGCGAAGUGAUGAGCACGAAAAAGAAGGAAGAUGAGUCUGGCAAGUAGCCAUAAAAUGGAACAGCGGGGAGGUGUUGUGUACGAUAAGUGGUAUGUAUUGUAUGAUGUCAUAAAAAUAGCUUUUAAGCCUUGCGCCAUCUCUUCGAAACGUCUCUACAUAAAAUAAAACAACAGAUUGCAUAUUAUUCUUUUUGUCCUGGUGCCAUUAGUCCGUUAGGCCAUGGAGCCGCCGCUUCGGUUCGCCCCAAUAAGACCAGCCAUUUCCAAUAGCUGUCUGUCGGCCUCUUUAUCGCCCGUGCCGAGAUUGAUUCUUCGUCUGGCCUCAGCUUCACGAGCCUCCCAGGCCCAUCGUUCGGCUUGCGCCUGAGCUUCUUUAUCACCACCACAUCCCCACACCUCGAGCUGUUCAAUCUGAAAGCGGUCCUGAAAAUCGUGCUGCCGGAUGGUACUGGUGCGGAAUGCUCCACCACGAGAGGUGUAGUUGUGAUUGAAUACUGCGUACUCAAACGAGUCGUUGAUAAGCAGUGAGACUGCGCCCAGAGAAAAGACGCCAUCGCGGCGGUUCGACUGUGUUGGUUUCGGGUGUGGGCAGCCAAAUGCAAUGCAGGGCUGCCUGCUAGGAGGUUUUGUAAAGGUAACGUAAUCAGUAUUCAAUGUUGAUGCGGUGAAAACAUCGUGGACCGGCUCUAGUUGGAAGAGAACCGUUUCCGAGUCGCCAAAGCAUUCGCGGUGUGUAUGCUUCCAGGGUUCUCGGACAUAGAUACCAAAUGUCAGGCGUUCCCCUUUGCUUCCGUUACCAAAUCUCUUUGGAGGCAACGAAUCGGCAAAGGACACUUCCUGUCCACCUUCUGGUUUGUCAGGAAUCCUCGUACCAGACACAAGCAGUAUUGUGGGAGCCUGCCAGUUGAACACUUUUGUCUCAAAGCUUCCCAUCGAGAAUCCCGCUUCGCUGCCUGAAUACAGUGGGCGAACUCGUCUAAAGAGAGAGGACCCUGGUAGGAAUGUAGAGAUUUGAGAUAAUACGUGUCCAGUCAAAAUUUCACCAUUAUACGGUACGAGGGGCUGUGCCACCUUGGGUGCAUCCUGUUCAUCCGGCUUUAGCUUUUUCGAUAGAUCCAAAUUUUUCGAAAAUAAGAAGUGUUCAAACAAGUUGUUGAAUCCGGCAAAGAGGUUUGGCAGUACGGACAGGGUGAUGGCCUUGAACUGAGCAAGCCGGACACCCGGUGCCUUUUCGACGUCGACAUAGGAUGCGAGAAUGCAUUCGGCAACAGCUCUGAGGCUUUCCAGCUCAUCAUCUUCAACGCGGUGUCUGAAUUGCGAGAGACUUUCCUGAGGGCUGAGCGGAGCUGCCAGCAGAAGUAGCAUAAUAAGUUUGCGAAAGUUGUCCGUGGGUAUCAUAGCUCCGUGGGAUUCGGGGAUCUCGCCCUGCCUUACUGCAUCCUUAAUAUCCAAAAGUUCAAAUGCAGUCAGAACCAAGUCGUCAUCAUCCUCUUCGUCUGCAUCAGGGUCAGGCUCUUCCUGGGGUUCGUCGACGGCAAAGCCUGCCGUUCUCUCGCUGUAGAGCGCUUUGAGUUCAUCGCGCUGGAUUGGCGGCGGUGCUCCUGGGAGUUUUCGAUCAUAGACAGCAAGGCUCUUAAAGAGUAGCUUUGUGCGAUCGCUCGAACCACCAGCGAGGACACGCUUAUAUCGCUCGGUCAUAAUAACAAUGACGGUCACCAGAUACGAAAGCUCCAAGAUGACAGGGGCUUCCUGUAGAAAUGGGAAAGCGCCCAGAUACGACAUCAUCUGAAAUAAAACCUGUGAUGAGCCAAGAACAUCGGGUAUCUCAAGAAAACGAGCCACCGUAUCUUCCUUGAUGUACUGGACAGAGCCUUGAUG